AGAACACAUAGUUGUCUGUUCAUUUAAUUAAGUUUCAAUUAAAGAUAGCCGCCCCGGGAUUCUGAAACGUAAACUUAUUUGUAAAUAAAUCGGAAUCUAUUGAAAACAUUUACUUCAUUCAGUUCAUUAACAGUGUCGAAUAUAGAGUAAACGGACUUAGGUGCACCUACAAACAUAAGGGUUAUACAUAUUCAGGACUAGAGAAAAACAAGUCCACUGUAUAAUGUGAAUUGUCCAGAUGUCCAGUACAGAACCCGUGACGUAUAUAAUUAAGGUGUAAGAUAUUGGAACACAAUGCAGGUGUACGGGACUAUACAGAAGAUAUCGUGAAGUUUGUGAAAUAAUAUUAACAAUUGUUUUAUAUGACAAUUUUCUACAAAACAAGGAAUAUGAUAACGUAAAACAUGAAUGUAAGUGAUCAUGUUUGUGCCUCAAGCACGGAUAAAGCUUGGAACCACAAGACCAAGUUGGUUUGGCGGACCUUCAAGGAAACGAAACUUACCGAAGCGAGACUUGAAAUGGUUCGAGUUUAUCCGAAUGCCAUAUUUAGUUCCGAAUGUUGUAGGAUCUGUUAUUGGUUUCUCUGUUUUGUGUAGUGGUGCACUUUUGUGUUACAUUGGAUAUAAUCCACAAAAGUUCUUCGACAUUUCAGAAAACUCAUCUAUUUACAACAGUACAAACACAUCGAAUGUUACAACGAAAGUUCCAGUUGAAACAAAAUAUACGCAGUUGAAAUCAUUAGCUUAUGUUGGUCCAGUUUUAAUGGGAAUUGGAUUUUUUGUGCUUAUGGUAGCGGUGGUGUUAUAUUGUGAAAUAAGAGACAAAUUCGUUCAAAGCAUUCUCCCUAGUAGAAACUUGUCAAAUACAAAGAAAGGUGUAUUAUAUGACAUGGUUAUAGACGAGUUCCGAAAGAACUACUUCCGGGGUAUCGAAGUUCCGAUUAGAAAACCAAGUAAACGUUCUAAUAAAGUGGCUUCCAAAAUGCCAACAUUAUAUAAAGCAUUGAGUAUCAGUACACCUGCUUUACUGAUAACACCGGAAAUUCAAAGAAAAUGGCUUAAUGACAAAAAAGUGACACAAAAACCCAAACGAAAAAGGUGUUUAAGUGAUCACGAAACAUGGUUAAAAACGUCAUCUAUGCCAAAUAUCCGUCCGAAAUCAUUCAAGCGAAUACAGCGAAGGUUUUCAAAAUAUUCUAAAUACUGUGGUGAGAAGAAUACUAUUCCAAAAUUUAAUCAUUGCAACACCGAUGAUAAGUCUGCACAUGAUAUGGAAACAACAGAGAAAAACUCCGAGACUUGUUUUUCUAAUCCAGCGUUCCGGGGAUCCCCUACGGAAACAAUAGAACUCGACGAUAUUUCAACCGAUUUUCUUCAAGACAAAACGAAUAUAUCAGGAAAAUCUCGUCAGUCAGAUGUCGUUAUUCACAUAGACGCAGACGACACUGUGUUUAAUGGUCAGGAAUAUACUGAAAGGCGGCAUAGUUAUUCAAGCAAUGUUACAAAUUCCAAGAAAAUUGAUGGCAAAGCCAAACAAGGUGUUAAGGAUGAUUGUUCGGACGUUUCAGAUAUUACUACCAAAAGCGGUACAGGUGCAAUCUUAAAAGUUGACAAAAAGAGAAAGAGUUUACAUAAGAGCCAGGAUCGACUUGAUGUUAUUGGUAAAAGAGGUCCUUACAAGACCUGUAUUGGAGUAUUCAGAAGUGAAUCGUGCUUACAUAGAAUACGAAAUAUUGUUAACAAACAUGAUAGAGAUGAUGGUGAUAAUUCGUCAUUAAAUUCGUUGACCCUUAACGAAGAAGUCAUGAAAUUUUUCGAACCUUCACCUUUAAACAACGACAUUCCUAAAACUUAAUUAUCUUUUUUUACAUGUUUGUAAAGUUUUAUACAUUGCAGCAUUUAUUCGUUUCUUGUAGUUAAGACUUUUAAUUAUUGUUUAAAGAAGUAUAACAUUACAUGCAAAUUUAAUUUUAAACAGUUGUUAUACAACAUGGGUGAUUUAGUGAGAAAUGUAUAUAAAAAAAAUACUAAUCAAUAUUCCAGUCAGCAUUUGCAAUCCUAAAAACUAAAAACUUAAUUUGGAAAAUGAAAAAUUGUCCAAGUCGCAUUGAAACUGGAAACCCUUCUACACGCAUUUUACUUAACGAUGGUUGGCCGUAAACUUACAGUCAAAAAAAGGCCAUAAAGGGUACUAGGAAUCGUCUAAUGAAGAUCAGAUGUCACUGCUAAAGAGCAGAUAUCACUGGUAACAGAUCUGUAUUUGUUUUGCAAUAACUAACUAAUACCAAAGAAUAUACUAAUACAAAGAUUUAAAACU